AUGCAGGAAAUCAUCGCCAGCGUGGACCACAUCAAGUUCGACUUGGAGAUCGCCGUGGAGCAGCAGCUUGGGGCGCAGCCGCUGCCCUUCCCCGGCAUGGACAAGUCAGGGGCUGCUGUCUGUGAAUUCUUUUUGAAAGCUGCCUGUGGCAAAGGGGGCAUGUGCCCGUUCCGCCACAUCAGUGGUGAGAAGACGGUGGUGUGCAAGCACUGGCUGCGGGGGCUGUGCAAGAAGGGGGACCAGUGCGAGUUCCUGCAUGAGUACGACAUGACCAAGAUGCCCGAGUGCUACUUCUACUCCAAGUUCGGGGAGUGCAGCAACAAGGAGUGCCCCUUCCUGCACAUCGACCCCGAGUCCAAGAUCAAGGACUGCCCAUGGUACGACCGUGGCUUCUGCAAGCACGGCCCCCUGUGCAGGCACCGGCACACGCGGAGAGUCAUCUGUGUCAAUUACCUCGUGGGAUUCUGCCCGGAGGGGCCCUCCUGUAAAUUCAUGCACCCUCGAUUUGAACUGCCGAUGGGAACCACCGAGCAGCCCCCGCUGCCGCAGCAGACGCAACCACCCACGAAGCAAAGUAACAAUCCGCCAUUACAAAGGUCGUCCUCCUUGAUCCAGUUAACGAGUCAGAACUCUUCUCCCAACCAGCAGAGAACCCCGCAGGUCAUCGGGGUCAUGCAGAGUCAAAACAGCAGUGCAGGCAACCGAGGACCCCGGCCGCUGGAGCAGGUCACCUGCUACAAGUGUGGUGAAAAAGGACACUACGCCAACAGAUGCACCAAAGGGCACUUGGCCUUUCUCAGCGGACAGUAA